UGGGGUGGAGGAGGAUGCUGCCCGCUGCUUUCAUACCGACACAAUGGGAAACACUUUAGGAUGCGUCCGAAAGCAACAAGAGGCUGCAGAAGCGGAUCGGAAAAAAACUCCCCUCACGCCGCGGAAAAAGAUCAAAUUCAGGCGCUUCAGGAGAACCAGGAAAGCCGCUUCACACGCUGCAGGGGAAGCGGAGGGAAGGCUGCCGGCCACACCGGCUACAUUGCGGAGAGAAGGCGAUGAGACGCGUCUCUAUACGGCUGCAGCUGCGGGAGAAUUGUCAACAGGAGCCCACACCGAUCCCGAUCUCAAUCCGGUAAACGGGGAACCUGCUGAGCACCUGUCAAGUGUGUUGCAAAAGCCGGUGUCUCUUGGGGACUUGUCAGAUCUUCCCACUAAAGCGGCGAUCGCUCCGGAGAAAUCCAUAGAUGUCCAUGUCGGAGGCAGUGGGGAAAGUACGCAGCGGGUGCUUUCGGUCAGGGCUGAAAUCCAACCAGUUGGCGAACAUGUGAUUCCAUUUGAAGAGGACGUGUGUCUGCUUGAUCAAGUCACGGCGGGAGAAGAACGCUGUGAUCCAGCUGUACAACCUGCAGAAGCUAAAAUGAAAGGAGAUUUGAUUUGUCCUGCUCCAGUGUCUGGGGAAGAGGACAUUACUCGGAGCCUGAACGCGGGCAAUAAAAUAAUUGCGAAUAUCCCCGAAGCUGCUGGCUUUGACUCUAAUGAAAUAGAAGCUGAUGUUGAAAGUCCCAUCUUAUCCAAAGAGACGCCAGAAGUGCAGCUUGACUGGGAAGGGAGCAACGCAACUCGGUCGAAUGCACUUGACAAGUUGUGUAUAACUCUACAUAGUGAGCGCAUGCAUGGCAAGAACGGUCAGUCAGCAUUGCACAGGGAAAAUGAGGCUCUUGAAGAGGAAGCAGAGUUAGUGAGGCAGUCUCCUUUAAAGAGGGACUUCACUGUAGAGCUGCAGAUCAGCAACACUCUGUUCUCCUCCGGUUACGGCAGCAAUUUGCCAUCUGCGGAAAUAAAUGAAAGUGAAUCUGGAAGAACAAGCAGCAGAGAUUUUGAGCUGUCUUCCUCGAUACCUGAUGGCGAUACCUUGUCCAUUUCAGAAAAUGAGUUUGGGUUAUCGACCAGUAAUGAAUGUGACGAUAUCAGUUUAGGGCAGAUUGUACACCUGAGCCAGGAACUGAUCUCAGAAAUUUAUGUGAGUGGAGAAUCCGGUGACAUGUCUGCUAAGGAAAAGUUGCUACUUUGGACACAGAAGUUGACGGAAGGAUAUUCUGGUUUAAAGUGCUCCAAUUUUACCUCCAGCUGGAGUGAUGGAAAAGUAUUUAAUGCUAUCAUACAUAAAUACAGACCAGACCUCAUAGAUAUGGAGAAAGUUUCAAUUCAGAGCAAUCAAGAGAAUCUGGAGCAAGCCUUUGCUGUUGCUGAAGCACUUGGUGUUACACGACUAUUGGAUCCAGAAGAUGUUGAUGUUCCAUCUCCUGAUGAGAAGUCGGUGCUCACUUAUGUCUCCUCUAUUUAUGAAUCAUUCCCCAAGGUCCCAGAAGGUGGUGAAGGUAUUAGUGCAAAUGAGGUUGACUCCAAAUGGCAGGAAUACCAGAAUAAAGUAAACUACCUCUUCCAGUGGAUCAGGCAGCACAUCACGCUGAUGUCCGAUAAAGCUUUUCCACACAAUCCUGUAGAACUUAAGGCACUUUAUAAUGAAUAUGUACAUUUUAAAGAAACUGAAUUACCAGCAAAAGAAGUAGAAAAGGCACAAAUACAACAUUUAUAUAAAUUGUUUGAGGUUUGGAUAGAGUUUGGUCGAAUUUUGCUUCCCCAAGGUUUCCACCCCAAUGAUGUAGAAGAAGAAUGGGGCAAACUGAUCAUUGAAAUGUUAGAUCGAGAGAAAGCCCUCAGACCUGCAGUAGAAAGGCUGGAACUACUACUGCAGAUUGCAAACAAAAUCCAAAAUGGAGCUUUAAACUGUGAGGAAAAAUUAACAUUAGCCAAAAAUACCCUGCAGGCUGAUGCUGCUCAUUUAGAAUCAAGUCAGCAGUUUCAAUAUGAAACAGAAGUGGUUAUGUACUUAGAAGAGUGUGAACGAUUAAUACGGCAGCUACAAAUUGAUGUGCAGAUUCUCCGAGAUGAGAAGUAUUAUCAAGUGGAACAGAUCGUUAUGAAAAUCAUUAAACUGCAGGAUGAACUGGUGACGUUGAGGCUUGAGUGCACCAACUUGUACAGAAAAGGACACUUUAUCUCCUCCACAGACCACUUACAGCCUUUGAACCUGACUGCCACUGAAUUAACAACUGAUGUUGGUCCAAGCACUUUGCACAUCACCUCCCUCACAGGAUUUAAAAAACCCAUGACAAGGUCAGAAUUGAUUGCAGUCUCUUCAACACAAGAUGAAGGAAGCCUGCGAUUUGUCUAUGAGCUUUUGGCCUGGGUGGAGGAAGUACAGGUAAGACUUGACCGAGCUGAAUGGGGUACUGACUUGCCUAAUGUGGAGAUGCAACUUGAAACACACAAGACAAUCCAUACCGCUGUGGAAGAACUGGACUCUAGUCUAAAAGAAGCUAAAAUUUAUGAAGGCCAAAUCUCUUCAAACUUCAAGACUAGUUAUUCAGAUACAUUAAGUAAACUGGAAGUACAAUACCUCAAGCUACUGGAAACAUCAAGGUUGCGUUUGAGACACUUGCUAAGUUUGCACAGUUUUGUAUCAAAAGUCACAACAGAGCUUAUUUGGCUAAAUGAAAAGGAGGAGGAAGAAUUGGCUUAUGAUUGGAGUGACAAUAAUACAAAUAUUUCUGCCAAGAAAGAAUAUUUCAUCGAACUGAAGAAAGAACUAGAGCAAAAACAGAUGGUUAUCAAGUCCCACCAGGAGACAGGAGAACAGCUUUCACUGGAGAACCAUCCAGCCCGGCAGACGGUUGAGGCAUACAGUGCAGCACUUCAGACGCAAUGGCAGUGGAUCAAACAGUUGUGCUGCUGUGUGGAGCAACAUGUGAAAGAUAAUACUACCUACUUCCAGUUUUUAAGUGAUGUUAAAGAAGCAGAGCAAUAUCUACGAAACCUGCAGGAGACAAUAAGGAGAAAGUAUAAGUGCGACCGGACCAGUAGUCUGUCAAAACUGGAGGAUCUACUUCAAGAUUCAAUGGAUGAAAAGGAGCAGCUGAUAAAGUAUAAGAGUUGCAUAGCGGGUCUCGUUGGAAGAGCGAAAACAAUUGUUCAGUUGAAACCAAGAAAUCCCGAUAAUGUUCUAAAAGCCACAAUCCCAAUCAAGGCAAUCUGUGACUAUAGGCAAAUUGAGCCGCUUGGCACCAUGCAGCAUCCAUCAACUGGGAAGGUUACAGGGUCUGGGCCGCAGUCUUCACUCCAUUACCACUGUCAAUAUCACUUCGGGAUUGGCCAACAGGAGAUCACUGUUUGUAAGAAUGAUGAGUGUGUUCUGGAGGAUAACUCUCACCGAACAAAAUGGAAGGUUAUUAGUCCCACUGGUAAUGAGGCAAUGGUUCCAUCAGUAUGCUUCACAAUCCCUGCACCCAACCAGGAAGCCAUUGACACUGGCAGCAGAGUUGAACAGAUGUAUCAGAAUGUUAUGGCUCUGUGGCAUCAGCUGCACAUUAAUAUGAAAAGUGUUGUGUCAUGGAACUAUCUAGUGAAAGAUAUUGAAACUAUUCACACUUGGAACAAAGACACUUUUAAAACACUAGAAACAAGUGAGCAGCAACAGGUGAUGAAAAAUCUCCAGGUGCAUUAUGAGGAUUUCCUUGAAGACAGCCAGGAGUCUCAAGUCUUUUCCAUUGCAGACAGACUGCGGUUAGAGGAAGAGGUGGAUAGUUGUAAGGACCAUUAUGAGCAGCUACUGGUAACCAUGGAAACAGAAGAAAAAGAUGAAACACUGAGUAAGACGUGCAUCUCAGAGCUACAAAAUAUAUGUCUGCGUCUGGAAAAGUAUAAAGACCGAUUAAUAAGGAGGCUUCAGACUUCAGUAGAAGGGGAUGCCAUACAAGAAAAUACUUUCAGAAUGGCUCAACAGGAGCACAUGCAGCAGGAACUAAAUGGGUUGAAAUCUGAUCUGGAUGAAGUGACAAAGAAAUGUGAGAGUUUUUUCUGCCAGUCUCCGUCUGCGGCUAGUAUCCCAGUUCUGCGCUCUGAGUUGGACCUGGUGGUACAGAAGAUGGACCAAGUGCAUUCAUUGUCCUCGACCUACAUGGACAAGCUGAAAACGGUGGAUGUAAUGCUGAAAAGUAGCCAAGGAGCGGAGAUGCUGGUUAAAAUGUAUGAAAUGAAGCUGAGUGAGGAGGAUGUAGUUCCAGUUGACCUGCAAGCUAUUGAAGAACACAGAAGUGUAUUACAGCAAUGGCUCAGUGAUGUGACUGAUAAACAGGAAGUGUUUUCCUCUUUGGAAGAGGAAAUGCAACGAGCACAAAUGGUUUGCAAACAUCUCUUCGAAAUGCACAGUGAGCGCAGCCUGGAUUUGGAACGAUAUCAAGAAAAAGCGGUACAGCUGAAAGACCGAUGGCGAAAUGUCCAAACACAGAUUGAGACCAGAGAAUCUGAAUUGUCAACCAUUGAAGAAUUGCUGAAGAAUUACAGGGGAUGCCAUCAGUCACUGAUAGAUUGGAUUGAGGAGACUACUGCUCAGCAAGGGAAGAUGGAGCCAGGCAAGGCAGAAGAUACAAAGAUCCUGUCGGAGCAGCUGAGUCAACAGACGGCAUUGGUUGCUGAAAUUGAAAAUAAUCAAAUAAAACUUGAUGAAUGCCAGAAUCUGUCUAAACAGUACUCUGCAGCUGUGAAGGAUUACGAACUGCAAUUGAUGACCUACAGAGCUUUUGUUGAAUCUCACCAAAAAUCACCUGUAAAGCGCCGGAGAAUGCAUUCAUCGUCGGAUGUCAUAACCCAAGAGUUCAUGGACCUCAGAACCCAAUAUACAGCUCUAGUGACUCUAACAACUCAACACGUGAAGUACAUCAGUGAUGCCUUGAGGCGACUGGAAGAAGAAGAGAAAAUUGUUGAGGAGGAAAAACAGGAACAUGUUGAGAAAAUGAAGGAACUUUUAGGCUGGGUUUUGAACACUGAUCAGAUGCUAAAAAACAAGACCAUUGUGCCAGAAGCAGCAGGGCUGGAAACCAUUGAGCAGUCAUUUUGUGAGCAACAGGCAAUCACUGAGGAACUCAAUGCCAAGAAAGAUCAAGUAGCAGAAGCAAUCAAAACGGCACAGAUUUUUCUUGCCAAACAUGGCAACAGGAUAUCUCCAGAAGAACAGCAACAGGUGAUGUCACAGUUGAAUACGCUAAAGGAAACCUAUGGCAAACUCUGUGACCAGUCUGCAGAAGAACUCCAACGACUACAAAAUAAACUCACUCAUGAAGUGCAACGAAAGGAGAAUGAAACAAUUGCAGGUGUGAUUGACCUGGGAACAGUAGAAAUCUUUUCAAUUUUCCGUGCCAUGCAGAAGGGUUUUAUAGACCAGGACACAGGCCUCGCUCUGCUACAGAUUCAAGUGAUUAAUUCUGGCCUCCUUAUUCCUGAAACAUGUGAAUGCCUGUCAGCGGAGCAAGCUUUAGAGAGAGGUGCAAUAGAUGAUCGAACAGCUAAAUCCUUGAAAGAACUGCAGGCUGCCACACAGCUCUUGAAAAGCACAAACUUUAAAAACAAUAAGCUGCUUCCUGUUGCUGCUGCCGUUGAAGAAAAUAAAAUUGAAGAGACUGUGGGACUGAAAAUUUUGGAGCUGCAGCUUAGCUAUGGUCUUGGUAACCUACCAACAGCUGAAGCUGUAGAUCUGGAGAGAGCUUUCCAACAGGGCCUGAUCAGUGCUUCCCUGCACUCUAAAAUGAAGGCUAGACAAAGAAUACAGAAAGGUUUGAUUGAUCCCAAUACAGGAGAAAAGCUUGGUCUUUCGGAGCUGAUGCAACGAUGCAUUGUAGAUAAAGAAACUGGAUUAACUUUAUUUCCAAUAAAGCAACUCGCUGGCGGGAUGAUAUGUCUGAAAUCAGGAAGGAAAGUCAGCAUAUUCCGUGCUAUCCAAGAAGGACUGAUAGAUCAACAGGUGAUGGUCAGACUUUUAGAGACCCAAUUAUUUGCAGGAGGCAUUGUUGACCCCAGAACAGGGCACCGAUUAACAGUGGAUGAAGCAGUGAGAUAUAAUCUAAUCGAUCAUGAUAUAGCUUGUUCUAUAUUAAUUCGUCAGAUCCAGAUGGGUGGUAUUAUUGACCCUGUCUCAGCUCAACGACUGACUUUAGAUGAAGCUGUGCAACGGGAUUUGAUGACUUCAAGAAGUGCAUUGGUUGUACUGGAGUCACAGCUAUCCUUUAAGGGACUGCUGUGGCCAAAAUCUGGUGAAGUUCUUCCUGUGGCUAGUGCAUUGCAACAGGGUCUUGUCUCCACAGAACUCGCACAUACCAUCCUGAAGAAGAGACCCAUUAUAUCAGGACUUUAUUUCCCAGAAACCACUGAGGUGCUGUCAUGGGAAGAAUCAAUUGAGCAAGGAAUUUUAGACGACAAAGUUGCUGAGGUGUUGAAGUCCAUUCGUAUUCCUGAUGCAAUGCCAAAUAUCAAAGAAGUUGGUUUCCCAAGCAUAGACAGAUUGAAUUGGAGGACAGCGGUUGGAAUGCUGCCAAGUUCUAAUCUGAAAUCCCUGGAUGCAGACAACAGUACAGAAGUCUCAGACAGUCAAAUGGAAGAAGAAAGACUGUUGUCUUACUUAAUGACCCAAAGUUACAUGAACGUGCAUAAUGGUAACCGAUUGCUUUUGAUUGAUGCCAAGUUGAAUGAUGUCACAAAAGAGUUCAUAAAAGCAAGAGUAAACACUGCAGUAUUAAAAAUUGAAGCUGUGUCAGAAGAAUGCAAUAACGAAUAUGAUACUAUCAUGGAUUCUGUUGAAUUAUACCAUCCAGACAAGCUAAUAUUAGAGCAAAGUGACAGCUUAAAAGCAAGUGAUAAGUUAGAACCUGGUUAUGGAAUGACUGAGAGACAAUCAGAUGGAUGGAUUAAGGAAAGUAGAAACAGUGAGGAAAUACCAUUCAAGAAGAAUGUGGAUUUUCCAGCCUAUGAAGAAAGAAAUGAUAAGACUGAAAUCUGUUGCAGGGAUAUUGUGGCUAAUGAGCAGCCAACAGUUGGAAGGGAACAGAACCCAGUGGAAUAUGACACUGGUGAAAAAGAAAAACUGAAAAUACUGCUCGGUAAAUCUAAAUCUGAAGCCAAUGUAAUUAGUGAUGAAUCAAAUAUUGCUGAAAAAUCAACAAAAAGAUCACAGAAAGCAAAUAUGCCUAGCAUAGAUACUGAAACUUCACUGUAUGCAAUAAGUGAUGUAAAACUUAAAUUGCCUUCACAGGAUCAAGUCGGCAAUAAAUGCUUUGAGGAAGAAGCCAUAGAUUUGCAGACAGUUGAACCAUUCCAUCUGCCAGACUCUCAAAUUACUUCAACCAGUUCAGUUUUAGGUGUUCCAACAUCAGCAUUGCAAGAAUCACAGUGCAGUUUAAUAUCAAAUAAUGAAGCCAAAGCUGUGGUAAGUGUUAACAGGAUUAAACCAACAUCAUGUGAUAUUAAAAAUGGAAUUAGCCAAGGCAAUGUGAAUGGGACUUCAGAAGGGAAAAUUGAAGAAUUGCUUAGUUGUGGAAAAAAUCCUGAGCGAAAUUAUCCUGUUAAGUCUUUCCAAUACCAGGAAUUGGCAAUAAUUUCAAAUCCAGCAGAAGAUAGUUUGGACGAUGAUUCCACUUUAAAUCUUCUGAUUGGCCAGCUUCAAAGUGGUGGUGUCAUUGAUGAACAGACUGGACAAAGACUAGCACUGAAUGAAGCAGUAGCCAAGGGAGUGCUACAAAGCCACACUGCUCUCAAACUAAUGGAAAAACUGGGCAUCUUCAGUGGCUUCUUUGAUCCACAGACUUGUGAAACACUGACAGUAGCUGAGGCAGUGGAUGAAGGACUUGUGAAUGAACAGCUGAUUCAGAAGAUCUUGAACUCUGAGAAAGUUAUCUGUGGCAUAAUUUACCCAGGUUGCGCUUCUGUACAUUCAGUCAAGGAUGCAGCUAAACUUGGGCUUCUGGAUCAAGAAACUGCAGCAAGAAUCCUGGAGGGGCAGGUUGUUUCUGGUGGAAUCGUAGAUUUAAAACGAGGCAAACAAUUAUCAGUGACUUUAGCUUCAAAAAUGGGCCUAGUGGAUAAAGUGCAUCAGGAUAAUUUGAUAAAUCUAGAAAAGGCUACAAAAGGAAAAGGAUCUGAUGAAAAAGCAAAACUACGUAUGAUUUCUUUACAAAUGGAAAUGAAUGGCAUAGUAGAUCCACAAACAAAAGAACACAUAACUGUUGUUGAAGCAAAGAGAAGGGGAAUCAUUGAUAAAGAAGCUGUUUUUAACAUUUUGAAAAAGCAGGUGGCUUUUGGAGGAAUUAAUCAUCACCUGUCAGGAAUGAGACUUUCUGUGACAGAUGCUGUUAAAUGUGGCCUGAUUGAUCAGGAUGUAGCUAAUGAAUUGAUUGAAGUAGAAAAAGCCAGUCAGCAUGCGUGUGUCCGUCCAAAGAUAAUGCAGCCAAUUACUUUAUCUGAUGCAGCAUCAUUAGGCUUCGAGGACACAGGAUUUGUUUUCGAAACUGAAGAAGUCCAAGCGUCAAGUGGAAAGCUUAAGGAACCAGUAACUUCCAAAAGUCUGAUAUUAACACAGACUGCAAAUCAAGAAAUAACAUCUGCACUGGAAAAAGCAGUGUCCUCUCCUGAUCAAAAUCAAGGAAUUGUGGAUCCUGAGCAAUGUAUGGUAAUACCUUACUCGGAGCUAAUAAAAAAAGGGAAAAUAGACUUGGAAUCUGGCCAAAGAUAUAUGGAAGCCAGAUAUUUCACAGGGGUUAUAGAUGAACUAACCGGCAAGAACUUAACAGUUGCUGAAGCAGUAAAAACAAUGAAAGUGGAUCCAGUCCCUGCCAUGCGACUGCUGCAAGCCCAAGCUGAUAGUGGUGGGAUUGUGGAAGGUACCACUGGAAACAGAAUGACACUGAAAAAAGCUGCAGAAUGUGAGUUAUUAGAUGACAACAUGUUAAAGGUUAUUGUCACCAAUCAGCUUCUGAGCGGAGGAAUAAUUGAUACACUCACUGGAGAUAGAGUUCCACUCACUCAAGCAGCUGAAAAUGGUCUGAUCAGUCAUAAGACGGUUGAGGAAAUCCAGUCCAAUGCGGUAUCUAUUGGUGAAUAUUCUCAUCCUGACCCAGGCAUUGCCACAGAGACGGUAAUUAAGCCAAUUGUGCAAAGCACAUCUUUCAAAGAGAUGUCCUCAAAUAAAGGGAGUCAGGUAUUAAGUCCAGGAAUGGAAAAGGAUGACCAAAUGAAGAUUAGUGAUGAAAAUUCAGUAAUCAGUUCUAAAAACAAAAUGCUUGUUUUUCAUGACAACCCAGUGCCUUUAUCAUCUGAAUUACUGUUAGAAAAAAUACUUGAUGCAAAGGAUUCAUUUCCUCUGAAAUCCGUUGAUGAUACAAAACACACAUUACAUCAGAAUAAAGAAGAAUUCGAUACACCCGCUUUACUUGCCCCAGAAGCAAUAGUGUAUAUGGACACAGAAACAAACUUGAGCAAUGUGGGGAGAAUGGCUAAGGAAGAAAUGGAGCUUGAUAAUUACUCAAUGGACUGCUUCAACAUUGUGGCAAAUGUGCAGGAUGUCUUUAAUUUGGAAAUGACUGAUGCACAGCAAUUUAUGAAAGGAAAAGAGGAUCAUUCUGCUAAUGAAAUACAAAUGAUGAUUUCUAAUGAUGCAGAGAAUAAGAGUGAUCAAAGAGUUUAUUUGACAAUGGAUCAUGAAGUGAAAGAAUUUGAAGCAGAUGAAAGAAAACAUACCUUUUCAAGUAGGAAAGGACUUUCCGAUUAUUCACAGAAGGAAAUUGAGGAAAUGGCCGAACAAAAAAUGAUUGAUGAAAUUUCAGGAGGGAGCAUGUUGAAAAAUAAGGAAGAUGGAGAAAUGCUUCCAAAACAAAUAAAGGAGACCUUUGCAAAGCAGGUUCAUGAAAGUUCGAAUGAAUUGCAGUCAUUUGUUGAAAUGGCCAAACAUAUUGGAUGCACUGAAGAACCAAAUGGUAAAGUAAGGGAACUGGAAUGUCCAAGUGAAGAUGGAAAAUUAGCAGGAAAACUAUCAGAAGUUGAAAAUAAAUUCUCAGAUGUUAGAAAACCAAAUGUGCCAGUUGUGCCCACAAAGAACACAGUUCUGACUGAUUACGGUGAGAAUGUGGCAGUGCUUUCAGAAGGCAGGAAACCAAGUGCAGAACCCAAAAAUGUAUUAGCCUUGAAGAUCAAUGAAGGGUGUGAUCCAAUAAAAGCUGCAGAAGAACAGGGAAAAAAUGAAUUAACAGACUUGGACCAAAAAAUUAAUUCCAAUUUUGAAGCUGAUAAUAAAAGUACCCAGGUGAUGAUAAACAAAGACUUCCUACAGAACCAAAUUGAUGAACCAAUAUUUAUGGUCUUGAAUAAACAAGAACAGGUUACCAAUGAAGAUACUGAAAACGACAGGGACAAAACAGAAGAAGUAGCUGAAAAACAGCCUUUGUAUAGUAAGCAGCAAUGCCUAGAACACGACGAGAAUCUUGUUUCUUACCUCUCUCAUGUGCUGGAUAUUGAGGUCAGACUGAAGCAGCAAAAGCCAGUUGGUACCAACCCUGCGAUGCUUCUUGAACAAUUGCACUUGGCAGAGGGUUUUGAAACAGAACUCGAGAAGCUAUCAGUCCAGAUUGAUCAAGAGCUGACAUUGGUUAAUGAGAUACUUGAAGGAUGCACACAAAAUGUACCCGAUCAAUUACUGAAGGCACUUGAGAAAGACUCAAAAAGCUUGCAGAUAUCAUUUACCUCAGUCCGUGAGGUGUUAAAAACUUGGCAUGGAGUUUUGACAGACAUACUGGCAACCAAGAAGGAGCUAAAGGAAUCCUUGUCACACACUAAAACAGAUAGUGAUGACGUGGAUUUUGCUAUCCAGCAGUUUAAUUCUGAAAGUGCUCAAGACCUCAGCCCUCAACAAAGCGGACAGUUGCAUAAACAAUUAAAUGAGCCAUGCAGGUCAUUCAUAGAUACUUCUGUAAAAACUGAGGUACAAACAGAAGCACCAGAUCUUCAAUUUCAGGAUAAAGUACCUGUGGAAUCCAAGAAGACUCGACAGGAGCAACAGGAGGAAUGCAAGCAAAAGCUGGAUGAGCUUGGUACGUGGCUGACUCAGACAGCUAACGUGGUGGCCAAUCACCAGGUGGCAGUUAGUGAAUGUGACCUUCCAGCUCUUCAUGAGCAACAGAAUGCGAUUCAGGCAUUACAAAAAGACAUGCAAUCACGUGCUGCUGUUAUAGAGGAUGUGAUCAAAGCCACAGAACAUUUAUUGGAGGAGAACCAGGGAAAAUUGGAUACUGAAGAAUUGGCAAAAGUUGAAACAAAACUAUUGGAAGUUAAGGCUCAGCACAAAGUCUUGAGUCAAAGUGCUGAGAAACUUCAGAAACAAGUAGACAGUGCCUUAACAAAAGCUGUCCAGCAAGAAUCCGAAAAGGCCAAAGCAGAAGAGGAGCUUGAAGAAAAUAAGGUAAAAAUAGACGGUCUCUUGGAGUGGCUGUCAGCCCUGGGGCAGCAGACAGCAUCAUAUUCUCAUCGUGCACGGCCUCGGGAGGAACGGAAUGAAAAGCAUGGAGUUUGCAUCAAUGAAGAUGAAUUUGAUGCAUUAGGAAAUGGUUUACAGCUGCAAGACCAGAAUGAUGUAAUGGAUACACUAGCUGGGAUGGAUGGAAACCUGAACCAGCAGCAACAGGCGCUGAAGGAACAUCAUGAAAUGUUGUUAUCGCAACAGCAAGCUUUUGUAUUAGCGACACAGUCAGCUCAGUCCUUUCUGGACAAACAUGGCCAUAAUCUUUUGCCAGAAGAGAAAAAACAACUGCAGAGUAAUCUGAAUGAUUUGAAGGAGCAGUAUGAGACAGCACUGUUACAUGCAGACACUCAGCUGAAACAUAUUCAUGCCCUACAGGAAGAACUCCAAAAGUUUCUAAAAGAUCAUGGUGAAUUUGAGGCUUGGCUAAUUCAGUCUGAGUAUGAACUAGAAGAGAUAAAAGCUGGUGAAAUGGACUCCAAUUCAUUGCAAAUCAAGCUGCAGAAACAGAAGUGUUUCUCUGAAGAUGUUAUUUCUCACAAAGGGGAUCUAAGAUAUAUCACAAUCUCUGGGCAAAAGGUCUUGGAUGCUGCAGAUGCCUUCGCUGAAGCUAAUGCAAAUGAAGAUGUUAAGACCCCUAUCGAUCCCUCUGUCACCAGCACACUAGUGAAGGAGAAGUUAGAAGAUGCCAACAAUCGUUACAGCAUGCUUCAUUCCAAAUGCACUAAACUUGGCACUCACCUAGCCAAUAUGUUGGAGAAAUAUGAACAUUUCCAUGAGAUUGUCGAUGAGCUGAAUAUGUGGCUAAAGAGCUCAGAGGCAACUGGAGAUAGGCUUCUGUUGGAAACAAUUUCUUCUGAUCCAGAAAACUUGCAGAAACAGCUGGAAGAUAUCAAGGUGCUUCAGGGAGAUGUAGCUGAACACCAAGUCAGUGUAGAAAAGUUACAGAAAGCAGCAAACUCCCUAAUGUUAUUGGAUGAUGACCUCGUUCCAAACCAGGAUCAAAUUCGACAAACAACAGAUUCCAUUGCACAGAGGUACAAGAGUUUGUCCAAAGUAGUUUCAGAGCACAACGAGAAGUUGCAAGUGUCAAUUGCUCAGUCUCAAAAUGUUCAAGAAGGUUUGGAUAAUUUACUGAACUGGUUGGAAGGUGUUGAAAAGAGUUUGAAAAAUCAGGAUAAUUUGCCACUGUCGUCUGCUGCAUUCCAGGAUGCCCUUGCCCAAAACACUAAAUUAAAACAGGAUAUUGCUAGUCAUCAAAGCAGCAUUAACGCAAUCCAGGAUAUGGUUCAUGGUUUUAUUGAAAAUACAGAUGGAGCGACUGCUUCCUCGCUGCAAGAGAAGCUUGAACAGUUAAAUAGCCACGUGCAAGCGGUGUGUAUUGAACAGCAGGAGAAGGAGGAGAAGCUGAGAAAACUGCUACCCAAAAUGGAGCAGUUUGAGAAACUGGUGCAGGACGUUGGACAGUUCAUGGAAAGUAAAUCUCAGAGCCUGGCAGCUGGAGGAGAUCCCAAUAAAGAUAUCGCUCACUUUUCACAGAAAAUGCUGGACGCAAGCACAGAAAUGGUGAAGCAAAGAGGAGACCUACAGGCUCUACAGCAACUAGCAGAAGAGCUGACUGCAUUUGGCAUGUCGACAGAAAAGAAUCAGCUCAUGGAGACUGUCAAAGACCUAACCAGAGGAUACAAAAAACUAGAACUGAAUAUUAAAAAGAGGGAGGAAGAGGCAAUAUCCUGCCAGCAGUCUCUGAGCGAGUUCACUUCUCUGGUUGAAUCCAUUAGAAAAUGGUUAAAGGAAACCGAGGCAAACAUUCCAAAUUUUGAAUCGGCAUUUAAUACAGACAUGAUCGAGAAACAGAUCCAAGAAGUAACGGUCCUGUUGGAAGAUUGGUCAGCAAAAUCUCCACAAAUUCAAGAAAUAAACCAUAAAGGAACUGAGUUAGAAAGUCUCAUCAUGGAAAUAACAUCACCUGAUACAACUUUGUUAACCAGCAAAACAGGUUCUGUGAUGAUGAAUGGUGGAGUGACUGCACCUAGUAUGAAUGGGUACCACAGAAACAAAGAACUUGCAGAAAUCCAACAGAAUGUCUCUGAUGUGAACCAUAAUUAUAAAACCCUUGGUAAUAUGCUAAAGGAAUGUCAGGACCAUCUAAUGGCCACACUUAACCAAAUGCAGGAGGUGCAGGAAGAAACUGCUUCUAUCAUGAACUGGCUGGAAUUAAAAGAACAGACUUUAACCUCUUUAAGUUCAUCAUCAAUCAAAACACAAGCAAUGAAGGAGCAAGUGGAGCAAAACAAGGCCUAUCUUGCUGAGCUUGAACAGAAUGCUGGUAAGAUUGAUAAACUUAAAGGCGCAUUGAAAGACUUACUGAAGAAAAAUCCAGACUCACCAGAAGCCAAGAAAUGGACAGAAAUGCUCGAACACAUAGAGUCAAAGUGGGCUCAUGCCAAUCAGGCAAUAACUGAAAGGCAACAAAAACUAGAAGAAUCAGCAGAUCUUCUUUCAAGUUUCCAGAACACAGAAUCACAGCUCAGUCCAUGGUUAUCAGAAAAGGAAUUAAUGAUGAGUGUACUGGGUCCUCUAUCAAUUGAUCCAAAUAUGCUACGUGCUCAGAAACAACAAGUGCAGUUCAUGCUGAAGGAAUUUGAGACUCGUAAACCCCAAUAUGAACAACUUAACCAAGCAGCAGAUGGCAUACUCUGUGCAGCUGGUGAUGUGUCUCCUUCUGACAGCCAGGUGAGAGACCAGCACAGAGCCAUCAAUGAAAAAUGGGAUAACCUUACUCACCAGCUCAGCAGUCGUUCUAAUCAAAUUGAUCAGGCCACAGCCAAGAGUACAGAGUACCAAGAGUUACUGCAGAGACUCAGCGACAAAGUCAGGAUCCUGAAUAAUAAAUUAAACAGUCAAUCAGUGAUCAGCACACAACCAGACAUUGUCAAACAGCAACUCGAAGAAAUCAGUGAAAUCCGUUCAGAUUUAGAACAGCAGAAGGAGCAGAUUGAAGAAGCCCAAAAUCUCUGUGAUGACCUGUCCUCCCUUAUUGGUGAACAGUAUUUAAAGGAUGAGCUUCGUAAGCGACUAGAUGCGGUCUUGAUGCCAUUUAAUGGUCUUGAAGAGAGAGCAGGUGAUCGCAUAAAUCAGCUUCAAACAACUCUGGCCAGUUCUCAGCAGUUUCAACAAACCUUUGAUGAACUCAGGCUGUGGCUGGAUGGGAAAUGCAGUGAGCAUACACGGAAACCUCUUGUGUCUGCAAACCUGGACACUUUACAAUCUCAAAUAAGUGAGCAGGAGGAGUUCCAAAAAAGUCUGAAUCAGCAUUCGGGCUCCUAUGAGAUGAUCCUGGCUGAAGGAGAGUCUCUUGUUCGAAGUGCCCAAACAGGAGAAGAAAAGAUGAAUCUUCAGAGUCAGUUGUCAACUCUUAAAGGACAGUGGGAUGAGCUAUGGAAGCAGGCAGCAGGUAGACAUUCUAAACUCAAAGACUGUGUUCAAAAAGCACAGAAAUACAGACAGUACAUGGAAGAUCUACUCCCAUGGAUAGGAGAAUGUGAAUGUAAAGUGGAAGAACUAGAGAUCACCAUUGAUCCAGCACAACUGAACUCCUCUUUGGCUAAUGCAAAGGAUCUACAACAUGAUGUGGAGAAACAUCGUUCAUUGCUGGAGAUGAUGAACACUGCUGCUGACAUCCUUGUAGAUUCCUGUCAGGUGGAUGAAGAAGAUAUUAGAGAUGAAAAGACAGAUAUAAACCAGAGGAUGGACCUUGUUACAGAACAACUUCAAGCCAAAAGUGAAUCAAUUGAAGAAAUGGCCCAAAGGCUGAAGGAGUUCCAGGAUUCCCUCAAGAGCAUUCAAAUGAAGCUUGAUGGUGCUAAACAACAGCUUGAAAUAUAUGAUGCUCUUGGAUCACAAGCCUACAGUAAUAAGAACCUGGAAAAGUUGAGGACACGCCAGGAAGCUCUUCAGAUCUUAGAAUCGCAAGUAGAAUACCUGAGAGACCUGGCUCGAGGACUGGUAGAGGACACCCCUGAUGGUGCAGAUUCAUCACAGCUCCUACAGCAAGCAGAAUUAGUUCAGCAAGAGUAUGGCAAUGUAAAACAGAGAGUGGAUGAAAGCUGUUUGGCAAUGGAAAACAGACUUCAAGGAAUCGGACAUUUCCAGAACCGUAUUCGGGAAAUGUUUUCUCAUCUUGCGGAUUUGGAUGACGAAUUGGACAGCAUGAGUCCUAUUGGGAGAGACCUGGACAGUCUGCAGUCACAGACUGAUGAUAUUAAGCAGUUUAUGAGCAAGCUUAAAAAACUAAAGAAAGAUAUUGAAACUUCAGAAGAAGAAUGCAAACAGAUGCUAGAGGUAGAAGGCAGUCCAGAUCUACAAGGACUGAAACGAGAGCUUGAAGCCUUGAACAAGCAAUGUGGUAAACUACUUGAACGCGGAAGAAACAGACAAGAGCAAGUAGAGACGACUGUGGGACGUGUUGAAGAUUUCUAUGAAAAACUCAAGGAAUUAAAUAACCUUCUUACCAAAACAGAAGAGGGUGAAGAAUUGCAAGGAAAUGUGGGUACAGAAGUUGAUAUUAUCAAUCAGCAACUGGCAGACUUUAAGACAUUCCAAAAGGUUCAGGUGGAUCCUAUACAAUACAAACUUCAGCAGGCCAAUGGAGUAGGCCAGGGUCUUAUUCAGAGUGCUGCAAAGAAUGCUAAUACACAAGGACUUGAACAUGAUCUAGAUGAAAUUAAUACCAGGUGGAACACACUCAACAAGAAGGUGGCAGAACGUAUAUCACAGUUACAAGAAGCACUGUUACAUCGUGGAAAGUUCCAGGAUGCUUUGGAACCUUUGUUGAGUUGGCUUACUGAUACAGAAGAGCUAAUUGCCAAUCAGAAACCUCCUUCAGCAGAAUAUAAAGUGGUGAAGGCACAAAUUCAGGAGCAGAAGCUCCUGCAAAGACUACUAGAUGAUCGCAAAUCCACAGUGGAGAUCAUUAAGGCCGAGGGAGAGAGGAUUGCAGAGUCUGCAGAAACGGCAGAAAAGGAUAAAAUCCAGAAACAACUGCAAAACCUGCGAGAGAGAUGGGACGGUUUGCUUAACAAGGCUGCUGCAAGGCAGAAGCAGUUGGACGAUAUUUUGGUCAUUGCAAAGCAGUUCCAUGAGACUGCAGAACCCCUGAAUGACUGGUUGACCAGUAAAGAGAAGAAAUUGGCCAACUCUGAACCUGUAGGAACUCAAACUGCUAAAAUACAACAGCAAAUUACACGCCACAAGGCAUUAGAGGAUGACGUCACAAACCAAAGGGAGAACGUUCAACAGGCAGUCGAUGUCGGCCAGUUUCUCACGACAUUAAGUGCAAAACCAGACCAGGAAAUGGUAGAGGACAAGUUGGAGUCUAUCCAGACUCGGUAUAGGGAGAUUAGGGACAAGUGCAGCCGAAAGGCAGUCCUGCUCCAGCAAGCCCUUGCCAAUGCCAAGAUCUUUGGAGAGGAGGAGGUGGAGGUGUUGAAUUGGCUGGCUGACGUUCAGGACAAACUAAGUCUGGUGACCAUCAAAGAUUACAAAUCUGACAUCCUGCUUAAACAGCACAAAGAGCAGCUGGCUCUGAAUGAUGACAUUAUAUCCCGGAAGAAGAAUGUAGAUCAAGCAGUUAGAAAUGGGCAGGCCCUUCUUAAACAAACCACAGGUGAAGAGGUGAUCAUAAUUCAGGAGAAAUUGGAUGGUAUUAAGAGUCGUUAUGGAGAAAUUACUACCUCUAGUUCCAGGGCACUGAAAACAUUAGAGCAGGUUCUACAACUUGCCACAAAAUUCCAAGCCUUCAAUGAAGAGCUUUGUGGCUGGCUUGAUUCAGUGGAAGCUGAGCUUGCUGCAAGCACACCACAAUCACCAAUUGGAGAGCAGAUUCCACAGCUCCAUGAGAGACAGAAGGAGUUGAAAAAAGAAGUAAUGGAAUACAGGCUGGUCCUGGACACCAUUAAUGAAGUGAGCAAUGCAUUACUGGAGUUGGUGCCAUGGAGAGCACGAGAGGGUCUGGAUCGACAAGUGGCAGAAGCCAAUGAGCGAUACAGAACGGUCAGUGACACUGUGACACAGAAGGUUGAAGCAAUAGAUGCUGCUAUUCAGAGGUCACAACAGUAUGAGCAAGCCACUGACUCCGAGCUUACCUGGGUGGCAGAAACUGUGCGAAAGUUAACAGCCUUGGGUCCAAUAAGGCUGGAACAAGAUCAGACAACAGCUCAGCUACAGGUGCAGAAGGCCUUUUCGAUUGACAUCAUACGGCACAAGGAUUCUAUAGAUGAGUUGAUAAACACGCAAGAUGAAAUUCUUAGUACCUGUGGAGAUGAACAAAAGACCGCACUGCAGGAGAAGAUGAACUUAUUGCAGCAGCAAUAUGAGAUGGUCAGUCAGAUGAACACCGAAAGGUACUCGCAAUUGGAGAGGGCUCAAGUCUUGAUUAACCAGUUUUGGGAAACCUAUGAAGAGCUAUGUCCAUGGCUUGAUGAGACCAGAUCUCUGAUAAUGCAGCUCCCACCACCAGCUGUUGACCAUGAGAUCUUGAAACAACAACAAGAAGAAAUGAGGCAACUGCGUGAAUCAAUCUCUGAGCACAAGCCUCACAUUGAUAAGCUAAUGAAGAUUGGGCCUCAGUUGAUGGUAUUGAAUCCAGAUGAAGGCAGAAUGGUUCAUGAGAAACAUACCACGGCUGAAGCACUCUAUGCUAAAAUAAAACACGAUGCACGAGAGAGAGCUUUGGCAUUGGAUGAAGCAAUUUCACAGUCUGCUCAGUUUCAUGAUAAGAUUGAUCCAAUGCUAGAGUCUCUGGAACACAUUGCUGACCGGAUGCGGAUGCCUCCUUCAAUACCAGCUGAGGUUGAAAAGAUCCGAGAGCACAUCAACGAGAAUAAAAAUAUUGCAAUGGAGCUUGAAAAACUCCAGCCAUCUUUUGAAGCUCUUAAACGUCGUGGUGAGGAAUUGAUCGGUCGGUCAUCUGGAGCAGAAGAGGAUCCUGCAGCCAAAGCUAUUCAGGACAAGUUGGACCAGAUGGUAUUUUACUGGGAAGAUAUCAAAGCUCGUGGUGAAGAGAGGGAUAUUAAGCUUCUCGAUGUACUUGACCUCGCUGAAAAGUUCUGGUACGAUAUGGCUGCCCUGAUGACUACCAUUAAGGACACACAGGAAAUAGUGCGAGACCUGGAGAGUCCCGGUAUUGAUCCUUCAAUCAUUAAACAACAGCAGGAGGCUGCAGAGACAAUUAAAGAGGAGACAGAUGGACUUCACGAGGAACUGGAAUUUGUGCGAAUCUUGGGAGCAGACCUCAUCUUUGCCUGUGGGGAAUUAGAAAAACCUGAAGUGAAAAAAAGUAUAGAUGAGCUCAAUCAUACAUGGGAUAACCUGAACAAAACCUGGAAGGAGCGAAUGGACAAACUGGAAGAAGCCAUGCAAGCAGCUGUCCAAUACCAAGAUGCAUUGCAAGCAAUGUUUGACUGGCUGGAUAACACGGUAAUAAAACUGGGUGAGAUGUCUCCAGUUGGCACAGAUAUCAGCACUGUCAAGCAACAAAUAAAUGAAAUGAAGGAAUUUAAAAUGGAGGUGUACCAGCAGCAAAUAGAGAUGGAAAAACUUAACCACCAGGGGGAGCUCCUACUAAAGAGAGCCUCAGAUGAGACUGAUCAAGACAUAAUUCAACAGCCACUCAAUGAGCUCCAGCAUCUCUGGGAAGAUCUGGGAGAGAAGAUUAUUAACAGACAGCACAAGGUGGAGGGUGCACUGUUGGCACUGGGUCAGUUUCAACAUGCAUUGGCUGAACUUAUGACCUGGUUGAAUCAUACAGAGGAGCUUCUGGAUGGACAAAGACCAAUCACUGGAGACCCAAAGGCCAUAGAAAUUGAACUGGCAAAGCAUCACGUCCUGAAAAAUGAUGUCCUUGCACAUAAAUCUACAGUUGACACUGUUAAUAAAGCUGGGAAUGAACUUCUGGAAUCAAGUGCAGGGGAGGAUGCCAAUAACCUAAAGCAUCGACUAGACACGCUAAAUCAGAGUUGGCAGUCUCUGCUUAGGAAAACUGAAGGGAGGGAGCAGCAACUGGAGGCUGCCCUGCAGCAGGCUGAAGGAUUUCAUGGAGAGAUUGAGGACUUUUUGCAGUGGCUGAGUCGGGUUGAGAAUCAAUUGGCAAUUUCAAAGUCCACUGGAGGUUUACCUGAGACGGCUCGAGAACAACUCAAUGCACACUUGGACUUAUAUGGGGAAUUCCGUGCUAAUGAGGAGACGUACAAGAAUUUGCACGAUAAAGGUCGGCUGUUGCUGAGUAGCCGUGAUGAUGCUACAGGAUCCAAUGUUGAACAGUGUGUGGCAUUAUUGGAACAGAAAUGGCAAUUGAUGAGCACAAAGAUGGAGGAAAGAAAGACCAAGCUGGAAGAGGCUCUCAAUCUCGCAACUGAAUUUCAGAAUUCUUUACAAGAUUUCAUUAACUGGCUUACACAGGCAGAGCAGAGCCUGAACAUCGCAGCUCCUCCUAGUCUUAUACUCGAUACAGUCCUUUUCCAGAUAGAUGAACACAAGAUUUUUGCCAACGAAGUAAAUUCUCAUCGGGAUCAAAUCAUUGACCUGGAUAAAACUGGAAAUCAGCUAAAGUUUCUCAGCCAGAAACAAGAUGUGGUCCUAAUAAAGAAUCUUCUGUUUAGUGUGCAAUCACGCUGGGAGAAAGUGGUACAACGCUCUGUUGAGAGAGGAAGGGCACUUGAUGAGGCCAGGAAGCGUGCAAAGCAGUUCUAUGAAGCCUGGAAAAAGUUGAUUGACUGGCUGGAGGAAGCGGAAAACAAUCUGGAUACUGACCUUGAAAUCUCCAAUGAUCCAGAUAAAAUCAAACUGCAGCUUACAAAGCACAAGGAUUUCCAAAAAACGCUGGGUGGGAAACAGCCAGUGUAUGACACCACAAUCCGAAUGGGCCGCUCGAUGAAAGAUAAGGCUUCACAUGCAGAUGAUCGUCAGAAAUUGGAUAAUCUCCUUGGAGAAGUGCGAGACAAGUGGGACACCGUCUGUGGCAAAUCAGUCGAGAGGCAGCACAAGUUGGAAGAGGCCCUUCUGUUUUCAGGGCAGUUUACUGAUGCACUCCAGGCAUUAGUUGAUUGGCUGUACAAGGUCGAGCCACAGUUAGCUGAAGAUCAACCCGUCCAUGGAGAUCUCGAUCUGGUGAUGAACUUGAUGGAUGCCCACAAGGUUUUCCAGAAAGAACUUGGUAAGCGCACAAGUAGUGUACAGGUCCUGAAACGAUCGGCUCGUGAACUGAUUGAGAACAGCCAUGAUGAUACAACCUGGGUGAAAGUUCAACUGCAGGAACUGAGUAUACGAUGGGACACAGUGUGCAAACUCUCAGUGUCUAAACAGACGCGGCUUGAGCAGGCACUUAAGCAGGCAGAGGAAUUCCGCAAUGCUGUCCAUGUGCUACUAGAGUGGCUUUCUGAGGCUGAGCAAUCGCUUCGAUUCCGGGGAGUUCUACCAGAUGAUGUGGAAGCUCUGCAGUCCUUGAUUGAUUUACACAAGGAAUUUAUGAAGAAAGUAGAGGAGAAGCGUGUAGACGUAAAUAAGGCAGCGGGCAUGGGAGAAGCCAUAUUAGCUGUGUGCCACCCAGACUGUGUCACCACUGUCAAACAUUGGAUCACAAUCAUCCGAGCCCGCUUUGAAGAAGUGCUGACGUGGGCAAAACAGCACCAACAACGGUUGGCAUCUGCACUGUCUGAGUUGGUUACCAAUGCUGAAUUGUUGGAAGAGUUGUUGGCCUGGUUACAAUGGGCUGAAACGACACUAAUACAAAGGGAUCAGGAGUCUAUGCCAAAGGAUAUUGAACAGGUCAAAACAAUCAUCACAGAGCACCAGUCUUUCAUGGAAGAAAUGACUCGGAAACAGCCAGAUGUGGAUAAAGUUACAAAAACAUACAAGCGGAAAGCAGCAGAACCAUCGCACGUGCGAGGAAGGAAACCUCUAAAUCAAAUGACUAAUCCACCUGCACCCACAGCUGUCCCAGCACAGACUGAAGCAAAGAAUCCCCAGAUUAAUCUGCUUUCUGGCAGAUGGCAGCAGGUCUGGUUACUGGCACUGGAGAGACAACGCAAGCUGCACGACUGUCUGGACCGAUUGGAGGAAUUGAAAGAAUUUGCCAACUUUGAUUUUGAUGUGUGGCGGAAAAAAUACAUGCGAUGGAUGAACCACAAGAAGUCUCGAGUGAUGGAUUUCUUCCGGCGCAUUGAUAAGGAUCAGGAUGGAAAGAUCACACGGCAGGAAUUCAUUGAUGGAAUCCUGUCUUCAAAGUUCCCCACCAGUAAACUGGAAAUGACUGCUGUUGCUGACAUCUUUGAUGGAGAUGGAGAUGGUUACAUUGAUUAUUAUGAAUUUGUGGCUGCACUUCAUCCAAAUAAAGAUGCCUACCGGCCUGUUACUGAUGCCGACAAAAUUGAGGAUGAGGUGACUAGACAGGUGGCACAGUGUAAAUGUGCAAAACGAUUUCAGGUGGAGCAGAUUGGAGAAAACAAGUAUAGAUUCUUCCUUGGAAAUCAGUUUGGGGAUUCCCAGCAGUUGCGCCUUGUGCGUAUUCUGCGAAGCACCGUAAUGGUCCGUGUUGGAGGAGGCUGGAUGGCAUUGGAUGAAUUCUUAGUGAAAAAUGAUCCCUGCAGAGCAAGGGGACGAACCAAUUUAGAACUGCGAGAGAAAUUUAUAUUACCAGAGGGAGCACCUCAGGGCAUGGCUCCCUUCAGGAUGAGAGGUCGCAAAUCCAAGCCUUCUUCCAGGGCUGCAUCUCCAACCCGAUCCAGCUCCAGUGCCAGCCAUAGUAACCACAGUUGCACAUCCAUGCCUUCGUCACCUGCAACUCCAGCCAGUGGAAACAGGACGCCCCAGACCUUCACACGUUGUUAUGACAAACCUUGGUUGACAAACAGUAAAGCCUCUACUCCCACUAAGUGCCUAGACUCACAUGUGUUCCAGAUCCCCAGCAUUGAGGUGACUCCUGUGCAGGGAAGUAAACUCAGACGACCAAGCUACCACUCCAGUAAGGUUUCACUCACUGGAGACAAUGGCAAUGUGCCUGCUACCACCAAGUCCAGCAAAACUGAUUCCAAAAGGACACCAAGCAGGCCAACAAGUCGGGCCGGAAGUCGUGCUGGUAGCAGGGCGAACAGUCGGCGAGGCAGUGAUGCUUCUGAUUUUGACGUUUUGGAGACACAGUCAAUGUGUUCAGAUAUUUCUGAAUCCAGCACAGGAGGAUCCCAAGCAAGUUCAAGAAGGGGUUCUGCAAAACCUUCAAAAAUCCCAACACCCUCAAAGAAAACUACAACCCCAAAAACCACAAGCACCAGAAGAUAAUACAAGCGCGCGUACACACACACACACACACACACACACACACACACACACACACACACACACACACACACACACACACACACACACAGAGUUUCAGAAGCCACCAGAUGUAUAAUAUUCUACAAAAAGUACUGUUGUCAAGCAUUGUAAAAGAUUAAUUGUGGUCUAAUGCUGCCUUAUCAUUGUACUUUCUCUGUUUUUUGUUUUUGUAAGUUAAAAGUUUUUCAUGUGAAUAUUUAUGUAGAUAAAACAUCCAUGUUUUGUUCCCAUGGCCUCUGUGUCAGAGGGAAGUGAGAAUGCUUUUAAAGAAAAAGGAAAUUUAAAUGUGUUCGUGUUCUAUUAAAAAUUUGAACUACUGCUUUUUAAAAAAAACUUGCAUUUAGGAUAUGACCCUCUAACGAGAACUUGACUUGCUAUGGAGGCAAGACAAAUGCUGCAGUGUUUGUUAGAAAUCACGGAUACCUCACGGAGUAUUUAAGUGGGAAAAAAAAAUGGAGCGAUGUACAGUUUUACUUAUUUUUAAGAUUGUUCAUUUUUUGCCUGCUGAAAGUUACACAAAUAAUAAUUAUGACAAAAAGUGCACAUGCAAGUUGUAAAAGACUAUUGCUAUCUUGUAAGCAGUAUAAAGGACACUUUAAUAGCAGCUGAUGAUCAUUGUGGGCCACACCAGCAAUUGCUAGCAAGGCCUUUCUCACUUUUUUAUGCUGCUUUUUGUUCAUUUGAACUGACCACUGGGGCUACAUGAGCAGCCGUAUUUAUAUUCUAUUGAUAUCUAGUCUGACCAUGUCGCUGUGUGAAUCCACAAUUGAAAUUGUACCAAUGAGUCAAACGUUCAUUUUUUUGUAUUCAAAAACAAAUGUGCUUGCAGUAACUUAAAAAGAAUAUUAAGUACUG